GGUUGUUGAAUGUGUAAUAAAAUAAUAAAAAUCCGUUUUGCCAAAAUUAAUCGGACAUAGCCGACUUUGCGGCCGCCAUAGACAGUAAGCAUUAAAAGUGCGCCGAUAACGGUGUUUUGUUCAUUUCUGCUCUCUUUUGCUUGGCGUUUGUUACGUUCGUUAGUUCUCUUUUUCGUGUGAGUUAUUCAAUCAGUCAUUCAAUUGCGUGAGUGUGAAAGAGUACGCAUAAAUUUCGUGCUCUUUGAUUUGACGAAAAAGACCAAAAUGGACAGCGAAAGUGUGGUGAUAAAUUUAGAUGUUAAUGAUAUUGUGGCGAACAGUGAUGGACCAGAACUGCAAAGCUUUCGCAGCAAUUAUGGAGAUGAGACAAACAAGCCCAAGAUAUCACGAGAUCACGAAUCCAAUUCGACACCUGUGCAGAUGUUGCGCCGUGCCAGCGAGACUGUCACACAGCACAUCCUAAGUGAUCUGGAGCCAGAAACUCAACAUUUGCUCGACGGAGCCCUGGCUGGCCUAGAAGAUAAUGCCCAAAAGCGACCGCAGGCUCCACCUCGAUCGUACAUGACCAAGAGAAACAUUUCGGGUGACUGUGCAACAGUCAGGCGCGGCAAGCAGCCAAGCAAGAUGAUACAAUGCGACAAGAGUGCGGCUGGCUGUCCGGCUCAGCCAUCACACACUAAAUUAGACAUACACAAUUUCUCCGAGGACCACAAUAAUGGGCCGUCUGAGCCGGCCGGCGGCCGAGAUGGAGGCGAGUCGCAGCCGCAGAAUGCAGCAACAAUAAUUUUAACGCCGACAUCAUUAAAUUUAACAAACCCACCGCCAAAUGCAACACACAACAAUAGCCGGCCGAAUGCAGCAGACACUGACACCAAUGGCCGGGGUUAUUCAGCGCACGGCGAGCACUACAAAGGACCCAAGUGGUGGCGCCAUUUAGUAUUGCACUGGGGCCUUGUCUCGGAACACGUUGCGCUGCUUGUGAUUUUCCUGGGACUUUGGACCUUGGCCUUGGCAUUGCUGCCGAACUAUGCGGCACCCGAUACGGUUAUCAUGCGCAUUAUCUUGCUCUUCGUGGGUGCCCAUCUGGCUGGCAUCUUGGUGACGUUCAUCCAUCUGCCCGACAUGCUGGGCAUGCUCUUCUUCGGUGUCCUCUACACUAAUGUGGGCUUUGCCAACUUCGAGGGCUAUGAACGCUUCGAACUGUUUUUAAGAGAAUUAGCUUUGAUAAAUAUUAUGCUGUUGGCUGGCCUGGGGCUGGAUGCUGGCGCCUUUCGGCGCUUAUGGCUGAUGAUAUUGCGUCUGACGCUGCUGCCAACGAUUUUUGAGGUGGCCGUAAUAGCUGUGCUGGCCCAUUUCACACUAUCCAUGCCCUGGCUGUGGGGCACGGCUCUGGGGCUGGUCAUCACAGCUGUCUCGCCCAAUGUGGUUGUCACAGUCAUGCUGAAGCUGAAGGAGGAUCGACUGGGCCUGAACAGCGGCAUUCAUACUCUCAUCUAUGCAAUGACCACGUGCAAUGAUGUCGUGGCCAUUUUCAUGUUUGGCGUCGUCAUCAGCAUGAUAUUCUCAACAGGCUCGCUGACACAAAAGCUAUUGCAAGGACCCAUUGGCAUUGGAAUUGGACUUGUUUUUGGCUAUCUAUAUGGCAUGCUACUACACUAUUUGCCAUCGCGUAAUGCGGUUUAUGCAAAUGGACUGCGCUUCGCUCUGACGAUGCUGGGCGGCACCAUAGCCGUGAUGGGCAGUCGAAUUAUUGGCUAUACUUCGGCAGGUGCUCUCGGCUGUGUGAUGCUGGCCUGCAUAGGUGGCAUUGGCUGGAAGCGGGAGGCGCUCAAAAUGACGCCACAGCAGCUGCAGGCAUAUGAAAUCGCGAGUGUGCCCAAGCGCCUGGAUCUGCUGUGGAAGUUCCUGAAGCCCGUCUCAUUUGCACUCAUUGGCAAGGAAAUCAAUUUCGCUGUGCUCGAAGGUCGCGUCAUUGGCUAUGGAGCGCUGUUGGUGGUGCUGGGCAGCUUGUUCCGCCUGGCUUUUGCAUAUUUAUCUACAUAUGGCGGAAAUCUGUCGAGCAGGGAGCGUGCCUACAUUACAAUUUCCGGUUUCCCCAAAGCAACUGUCCAAGCUGCCUUGGGCCCAGUCGCCUUGGAUUUGGCUCGCUCGUUCCAAGGCACAAUAGAUAUGUCGUUGCCGAAUAAUGUGCUCAUCAUUUCGGUGCUGGCUAUAAUAUUCACGGCGCCACUGGGCGCCAUUUUGAUGCUGCGUCUGGCGCCUUUCUGGCUCAAGCAUGGCGAUCCCGUCGAUACAGCCGAGACACCUGUGACGGCCAUAGAACCAAGUCCGCUAAACAAUCUCAAUGCAAGGAACUCCGCAAAACUCUGAGCGAACGAGCUGGACAUUUCUCUAGUGACAUAUCUAAAAUAACAUCUCGAUCCAUAGAUAGUUUUAUAUAAAUUUAAUUUUAAUAAUUAAACUUAGGGUGCAGGAUAGACUCAGUAAGUGUAAAAGUUUCUCAGCUGUCAUAGAUUUUUAGCUAAUAUUCUAUAUGUUUCUUCUAUAUAUAUUAAACGAGUUAAUUUUCUAUUCCUUUGGCCUGUUUCUCUACUGAAAUUUGAAGUGAAAUUUUUCAAUUCACCUCAUUACAAAAGUUGCAUAAAUUAACAGAAGUUUAACCCUAAGCCCAGAAUAGCAGAAGAGCUUAAAGCCAACGGCAAUCGCAGACAAAAACUUACCCAAAAAACGUUCUCAAAUUUAAUUGGUUUCAUUGAAUUGCUAAUUAUGAUGGGAUUUGUGUUAAUCUGUGAACUGGAUUUUAAUAAUUGCCCGGGUAAUUAAUUUAAAAGGA